AUUACCUCUUGGGCCGUUUAAAUAGACCUAGAGUGAUGAAUAUUCCACGAAAAAGUCUUCCACGAGCAUCUAUUGGAGGAGGAGAUUUGAAACAAAUUCUGGAAUUGGGAGCUGAAAGCGAGCAGAACAUCGCAUUGCAGAACAAGGAAGCCCGAGCCUUGAAUCCAGAUGGUUUUGUUGUAUAUCCUUGCGAACUGGAAAAUGUGACUCCAUUUGGAGAAUUUCAGGAUUGGCUACAUUCAUUCGACCUCAACAGAGUAAAAAAGUCUUUUCGAACUGGCGCGAUCGAUUCGCAAGUAGCAGUUUUUAAGGGUUGCUUCCGUGUCUACAAGCUGCCUCUUCCUCCUGUUAUUUUGGACCCAUACUUGCCAAUUGCGGACAGUCAAGAAGGUUUAUUUGGAGGCUUGCCUGAAAACAAUCCAGUGAGAGUAUUAGUUAGAGCUUACAUUAUACAGGCAGUGAAUUUAACUCCUACAGAUGUGACCAAUACUUGUGAUGCUUACAUUGUGAUUCAACUUGGAAAGCAGAAGGUUAAUGAUAAAGACCACUAUAUUUCCAAAAAACUGAAUCCUGUUUUCGGAAAAUGCUUUGAGUUCGUGGCAAAUUUUCCAAUUGAUUCUGUGCUUCAAAUUCAGCUGUAUGACUGGGAUCUGAUGGGCUCAGACGAUUUAAUCGGUGAAACGAAAAUCGAUUUGGAAAACAGGUUUUACAGCAGACAUCGUCCUAUUUGUGGAAUUCCACGCAUUUACGAAAAAACUGGACCAAAUUCCUGGAGAGACGCUUUGACCCCAACACAAAUCUUGACAAAGUUGUGCCAAGGAAACCAAUUGGACGGUCCACAUAUCACGGAACACUAUAUCCGUAUCGGAAAUGUUAUAUAUGAUUUCGAUAAUAAACCUGGAGAUGACGAGUCAACAGUGGAGAACAUGGCUUUGCUGCUUUUGCACAAAUGGCAAGACAUCUCACCUGGAAAGUACUCCUUGACACCAGAACACGUGGAAACCAGAACUCUGUACCACCCUUCAAAACCCGGUGAACCGCAGGGGCAACUUCUCAUGUGGUUGGAUAUGUUUGAAGAAGACACUGUACCUCCAAGUAUUCCGAGAGAUAUAUCAAUUCGAAAGCCAGAGAGUUUCGAGCUUCGUGUCAUCAUAUGGAACACAGAUGAAGUAAUUCUAGCAGAUGAUGCCUUCUUCACUGGAGAAAAGAUGUCUGAUAUUUAUGUUAAAGGAUGGCUAACUGGAAAGGAAAAGGCCCAGACCACGGAUGUGCAUUACAGGUCUCUGACGGGCGAAGGUAAUUUUAACUGGCGUUUCAUUUUUUCUUUCGAUUAUUUGGAAGUGGAGGGCAAAAUGUUGGUGAUGAAGAAAGUGUCUCUUUUCUCGUGGGACGAAACAGAAUUCAAGAUACCGCCCAAGCUUGAAAUCGAAGUUUGGGAUGCCGACCAUUUUUCACCAGAUGAUCAUCUAGGAUAUCUCACUUUGGACCUAAAUCGGAUUCCACGGGGAGCUAAGAAUGCAGCAUUAUGUUCUUUGGACAUGCUUAAAACUGAUGGCAGUGUUCCCCACCUCUCCCUUUUCAAACAACACAGAGUAAAAGGAUGGUGGCCUGUCAUUGCUCCAAAAUCCGAUAAGAUGGAACAGACGGGAAAAGUAGAAAUUGAGCUUCAUCUUCUAACUAAAGAAGAAGCUGAGAAAUUUCCAGCAGGUACUGGAAGGAAAGCUCCUGAUCCUCUUCAAGAACCUAAACGGCCUGAAACAUCAUUCCUAAAUAUUCUGCACCCUUUGAAGACUGUUCGUUUCAUCUUAUGGAAGAAUUAUAAAUGGACUGUCAUCAAAAUUCUGAUGAUAGCAGCCCUUGCUUUAAUUCUGUUGCUCUUCUUCUAUUCAGCUCCUGGGUAUACAGUCAAGAAACUUUUGAAGGCGUGAUGUUCUCAUAAACUGGAGUGCCAACAAGGAGACAGCAGUUUUUCUUUUUUAUUUUACAUAAUUCUUAAAGAAUCUUGAUAAUUUCAUCAAAUAUGGGAUCUUCAUCAAAUCCCAUAUUUGAUGAAAUGUGGGAUUAAUCUAACUAUAUAUAUUUUUUUCUAUUCAUGAAAUGCGAUUAUCAAUUUUCUAUAAUUAUAUUGAAAAUUUAAAUUUAAAUCAAGGAUCUAUUUUGAAAGAUUCAUUAAGACUAAAAUAUUUUAUCCCUAAUUUUCUUUUUCUAAAUAUAUUAGGUGAUUUUGUAUUUGAAUUUAAAUUAAAUUUUGUACAAAAUAUGAUUUUUUUAAUUAGAAUAAACCAUUUUAUUAUAA